AGGUCAAGGAAUCACCAACGAAUCAGUGCGGAAAAUGGACAAUACUCCAACCAUCAUCUCUUUCACAGCAACUAUUCUUCGUCUCUGGGAUGACUUGGGAACUGCUGAGGACGAGAAUCAGGAAGGGAAGGAUGGAUCAUAUAUGGAAUGCGUGAUGAAGGAGAUGAGGAACAAGGAAAUCGCAAGAGAGGUGGCGGCGGCUAAGAUCUCAGAAGCGUGGAAGAGUCUGAACAGAGAGUUCAUAAUGGACAGCUCAUUUUCUUCAUCCUUCAAGAAAGCGUCUCUCAAUCUGGCGAGGAUGGUGCCAUUGAUGUACAGUUACGAUCACAAUAAAUGCCUUCCCAUACUAGAGGCCCAACUCAAGUCGUUGCUUUAUGAUCAAGUUCCUCUGUGA